GCAGAGUAGGCCAGCGCCGGCGCGCGUGGGGGGGAGGGGAGAGCAGGGCAGGACAGGCGGCUGCGCGAGGGGAGGGGGGGGUAGAGCAGGGCCAGCGCCGGCGCGCGGGAGGGGGAGGAUCCUGGGAGAGCAUGGCCAGCGCCGGCGCACGGGGAUGAUUAGGGGGCGGCGGCCUUCUUUUGCAUGGAGGGAGGAUCCUGGACUCCCUGUGCACCCUUCUCCUCUCACACCACGGCCUUCUUUUGCAGGGUACGGUUUCAUCGGCGGCUUCACCAGUUGUUCUAUUGCAGUUUCUCGUCUGGUUCGGUCUCUGCUUCUCCGGCCUAAGGAUGGCCGCGGCGGCGGCGUUCAUGGAGCGGGCGCUCGAGCAGGAUGCGUGAUUGUUGAGGAUGGGAAGGUGAUUUCUUCUGGUAGCAACAGGACGAAUGCCACUCGAAAUGCUACCAGACACGCUGAGAUGGAAGCCAUCGAUGUCCUGCUUCGGGAGUGGCAGAAGAUGGGUCUUGAUCAGGCACAGGUUGCGGAGAAAUUCGCAGGAUGCGACCUUUAUGUCACUUGUGAACCCUGUAUAAUGUGUGCAACGGCAUUGUCGAUCCUUGGAAUAAGAGAAGUAUACUUUGGUUGUGCCAAUGACAAAUUUGGAGGAUGUGGCUCAAUCAUGUCGCUGCACCAGGGUUCUACUUCGUCAGAUGAUUUGUCAGGGAGCCAACCCCCUAGACCAAAAGGUUUCAAAUGCACCGGAGGGAUCAUGGCUGAAGAGGCAGUGGCUCUUUUUAGGUGUUUCUAUGAGCAAGGAAACCCCAAUGCACCAAGGCCUCACAGACCAGUACGAAUACCUCAGCAGUGACAGGUUUCUUUAGCUUGACUACAAGCAUAAUGUGGAGGAUCUCAGGAGCGCAGGCAUACAGACUUGACUGCAAAAUUGUAUGAUCAUUUGUACUCUUGAAAGAAAUAUUUCGAUGUGAUGUAUGUACAAGAUACAAUGCCACCUUUUCCACUUGACUCAAAACAAUAUGCAUUUCUUUUGCAAAAAAUGGCUUUGAGAUAUAA